AUGGCCGAUGACGAGGGUGCUUCUCCUCGCGAGCUUGUCGUGGAAGCUUGCCGCCGCGACCAGCCACAUCUCAUUGAGCAGGUCCUGCACGACAUGGAAAGCCAAUCAAAUGAGGACGUGGCCAAGUUCUUCAACGAGGUUACAGACAGCAUGGGAAACCACGCUUUACAUAUCUGCGCUACCUACGGCAGCUAUGAUGUGAUGGAUGCCCUCUUCGAUAUCCAGUACUUUGAGUGCGACCCCCUGACCCGCGUUGAUAAAGACACACCUCUUCACACUGCCGUUCGAUACGCCAACGAGAAAGAUGCCGAAUUGGGCGCCGAGAUGAUCGCGAUGAUGUGCGAGGCUGGAUGCGACCCUCGUGUUCGCAACAAGCACGGCCAAAAACCGGCGGAUCUGGUCUACAACAAUGCGGCGAUCAAGCAAACGCUUGCAUCCGCCGAGUAUAUCCUGGCAGAAGGCAUUCAGAACAACGAUGGAAACGGGUCGGAGGCAGGUAGUGCCAGUGACAGCGAUUAA